CAUCAUCGACGUGUGGCGUGAUGGCAUAGUCUCAUUUUACAUAAAGAAACUGAAAAUAAUUUACUUUAACUGCUAAUACACAAUAGAAAUAACAAUGUUACGUGCGGCUUUCAGAUUAUCGAGCUCCUACGGGUCCACUUGUAAAGAAAUUUUGCAGUUUAAUUCAACCGUUAAAAACCGGCUACCACAAAUCAUCAAAAUGACUUACAAAACAGAACCAACCAACUUCAAAAGUCGUGCAGUCAGUGCAUACAAUGGAGGCAGCAAAGGUGGAUUCGGAGGGGGCCAAAGGAAUGGAGGCUUCAAUCAAAGAAGCAACGACAGGUGGGGCAACAAGGGAGGAUUCGGCGGAGGAGGCCGAUCCGGAGGUGCCGGAGGCCAGAUGAGACCUGUCGAAUGGGACAACAAAAAACUUCGCCCAUUCAAAAAAGAUUUUUAUGAUGAACAUGAUGUUAUCAAGGGAAGAUCAAACCAUGAAGUUCAUGAAUUUAGAUUGUCCAAACAGAUCACUGUAGAAGGUGAAGCACCAAAACCAAUUCAGAAUUUCCAUGAAGCCAAUUUCCCCGAUUAUGUUAUGGAUGCUAUUGUUGCCCAAGGGUAUGAGCAGCCUACUUCUAUUCAAGCACAGGGAUGGCCUAUUGCUAUGAGUGGAAAUGAUAUGGUUGGAAUUGCACAAACUGGAUCAGGAAAGACCCUAGCAUACAUUCUACCAGCUAUUGUCCAUAUUAACAACCAACCAGAAAUUCAGAGAGGAGACGGUCCAAUUGCUCUAAUCUUGGCCCCAACUAGAGAACUGGCACAACAAAUCCAACAAGUAGCCAAUGACUUUGGAAAAUCGUCGCAUAUCCGCAACUCCUGUGUCUUUGGAGGUGCCCCCAAGGGGCCCCAAGCCAGAGAUUUGGAAAGGGGAGUAGAAAUCUGUAUCGCAACUCCUGGACGAUUGAUUGACUUUUUGGAGAGGGGCACCACCAACUUGGAAAGGUGCACAUAUUUGGUCCUGGAUGAGGCUGACAGAAUGUUGGAUAUGGGAUUUGAACCUCAAAUUCGUAAAAUUAUCAGCCAGAUCAGGCCUGACAGGCAAACUUUGAUGUGGUCUGCCACUUGGCCCAAGGAAGUUAAGAAGUUGGCUUCUGAUUUUCUGAACACUUAUGUUCAGCUGAAUGUUGGAUCUUUGGAGUUGUCUGCUAACCAUAACAUUUUGCAAAUUGUUGAUGUUUGCCAGGAACAUGAGAAAGAAAAUAAACUGAACAACCUCUUGCAAGAAAUUGGCAACAAUGCGGAAGAAGGAGCCAAAACCAUAAUCUUUGUGGAAACUAAAAAGAAAGUGGAAGGUAUUACCCGUUCAAUCAGACGAUAUGGUUGGCCAGCAGUGUGCAUGCAUGGAGAUAAGUCCCAACAAGAGCGGGACUAUGUCUUAAAAGAAUUUAGGAAUGGCAAAGCGACCAUAUUGGUUGCCACUGAUGUUGCUGCCAGAGGAUUAGAUGUCGAUGGUAUCAAAUAUGUAGUCAACUAUGACUACCCUAACUCUUCGGAGGAUUACAUUCAUAGGAUUGGCAGGACUGGAAGGUCUGACACCACUGGAACUUCAUAUGCAUUCUUUACGCCCAACAACUUCAAACAAGCUAGAGAUUUGGUGUCUGUCUUGAAAGAGGCUAAUCAGAUUAUUUGUCCGAAACUGCAAGAAAUGGCCAGCCGAGGUGGCGGAAGCAGCUACGGAGGUGGAAAUAGAGGUAGAUGGGGCUACGGAGGUGGCUUUAACAAAGGUCGCGAAAACACCGGACCAAAACAGCACGUUAGGUUUGGCAGUGGAGGUGGAUAUGGAAAAAAUUACUAAUCAAUUCCUUAAAACCAAAGCAAGGGAGAUGAGCUUCCCUUAUUUUGAAUCUUCAGUAUUCCGCAUUGUGGAUCCCACAUCAAACCUAUAUUAGGAGAAUUUUUUAUUUAUUCUAUGUAAGGCAGAAUUUUGCUGGCUGUGUUGUCAGCAUCUUUAGUUAAAUAUUUUUUCCAUUAAACUUACCUAGCAUGUGUCGUUUUGGAUACUCUAAAUUUGUCAUAAUUAUAAAGAGUUGUUUUAUGACUGUGAUAGAAAUAGAUUUUCUUCUUAAUUUAGAAUUUAAGUUUUUCAUGAAAAUGUGGAAGGAAACUUGCAAGGAGUAAGCAAAAUGCACUUUCGAAUGUGAAUGUAAAAGAAUAAAAAGAAUUGAUGUUU